CACCCAGUAUUAGACAAGCAGUUGCGCGGAGAGCCUACUAAAAAAAGCACAAAACCUUUUCAAAACUUUAAAUUCCAGAGGAAUUCCAUAAAUUUGACCUUUAGAGUGUACAAUGCUGAGGGCGUGGCAGCAGCGGAGAGGCAGUCAAGUUCUAAAAUAAAAGAGUCCCUGACUCAAAUCCGCACUAUUUACACCUCGCAGUGCCUACGAUUUGUUUUCGGUUACGGUUGCGCUGCUCCAGUUUUGUGCCUCCGCUCCUCUCCUCUCCUCCCCGGGAACAGAUAAGAUAAGUGCAGUGCAGUUCGAAAGGGGAAAUACGAGUGAUUAAAAAAAUCCAGCAGUUAGGUUGUGGGAAUCGUCGCAAUUUCUGAACUGCGUUUAAACAGAGGCCACAAGCCAAAAAAGGCCAAGAACCGAAAGGCAAUGGAAUUGCCUGCGCAAUAGGGCUAAAUUCAAUCACCUUCCUUCGUCUGUCUUCCAGCCAUGUGGAUGGGCCUGGAUCUGGUCAGCUUGCUGCUCCUGGCAACGAUCUCCACCAGCUGGGCCGUGAAUUGUCCCUGGCCCUGCCGCUGUGCCUGGGUGGUGGACAGCCUGUACGCGGAUUGCUCGCGACGGAGUAUCCACACCUUUCCCAACUUUGACGGGAUUCCCGUGGAGCAUCUGGAUCUGUCCGGCAACCAGUUUAGCCAGUUCCCCACGCAAUAUGCGGACAUCGACUCUCUGAUCUACCUGGAUCUCUCCAAUAACCAGAUCUCCGCCCUGGACGGUAAAUCCCUGAUAGGGUUCACCUCACUGAGGACCCUGCUGCUGGGCAACAACUCGAUUGGGUCCUGGGAGGCCCUCAGCCCCAACGAGGCCUUCAAGUAUGCCCCGAGCCUGAAGCACCUGGGCCUCGAUGGCAACCAGCUGGGCAGCUUCGGCAGUGGAGAGAGUUUCGAGCUGCUGACCAGUCAGUCCCUCACCGACCUGGAGCUCUCCUCCUGCGGGAUAUCCGUCCUGGGUGGGGACCAGCUGAUGAACCAGUUGCCGAAUCUGGAGCGCCUCAAUCUGGCCAACAAUCAGCUGACUCAGAUGGCGCCCUUGCCCUCGAGGAGCCUGCGCAGCCUCGACCUGAGCAACUGCAGCAUUCAGCACUUGUCGGGCUUCUUCCUCGACUCCCUGCAGCAUCUGGAGGCCUUGAAUCUGUCUCGGAACACACAUCUCGAGUUUGGUGGCCUCGUAGAGGAUCCCGUCCUGACCUACGAGCUCCGCAAGCUGGAUGUGUCCUACUGCAACCUGGACAGCAUCGAGCUCAGCGGAUUGCCGCAGCUCACGGAGCUGCGUCUGCGGGGAAACCUCCUUAGAAUCGUUGAUGCCACUAGUUUCGCCAACAACACAAUGCUGGAGGUGCUGGAUCUCUCGCAGAACGUGCUCCGCCUGCUGGGCCAAGAUGUCUUUGCCAACCUGAAGAGACUGAAGCAGUUGAAUCUGGCCUUCAACGAAAUAGCCCGACUGGACAGGAACAUUAUCCGCAACAACGAUGUGCUCGUGGAGCUAAAUCUCAGCCGGAAUGUGCUGCAGAAGCUGACGAGGAUCGUGUCCAACUCGGUGCGCACCAUCAACAUGAGCUGGUGCGAAAUCAGCUCUAUAGAGAGCUCUGCUCUGUCGAGUCUCUCGGUUAUCCAAAAGCUGGAUUUGUCCAACAAUCUGAUUAGUGAUUUCCCCACCUUUAUGAGGUCGGAGACGCUGCAGCAAUUGAAUCUGGCCAACUGCAGAUUAACUACAGUGCGGAACAACACCUUCAGGGAGUUCCCCGAGCUGGCGGAUCUCCAUUUGAAUGGCAACCGCCUGACGAGUCCCAUUCCUCCCUAUUACUUUGGCAGCAACAAGUUCCUGGAUCAGCUCUGGCUGGGCGACAAUCCCUGGAUCUGUGACUGCCACAACCCACUCUUUGUGGAGUUUUAUGACUAUCUAACCGCCAAGCCAGCCAAGAUCAAAGACAAGAAUCACCUGCGUUGCGCUGCUCCCGCCAUUUUCUACAACAAACUCUGGGAGUUUGCCUGCGCGGAUGUGUGGAUUCAGAAUGCCAGGAGCAGCAGUGGCGGCGAGAAGGCCUGGUCCAUUAUAAUGAUCACCCUGCUCCUGCUGGGCGGCCUUAUCCUGGCCUAUGCCUGCCUGCAGAAGUUCCUGAAAAAGCGCAAGAUCAGGGACAAUCACCGGGAGUAUGCAGAGAACGAUGAUGAGCUAAGACGCAUACGUGAUCUCAAUGAGCGCAUCCUCCUGGAAGAUGCCACGCCGAGCAUCCAUCAGCAGCAGCAGGAGAUCAGCCUGCUGCCCUCGUACGAGGAUGCCCUGCGCAUGCCCAAGCUGGUCAGGCCGGUCAAGUCGAUGAUGGACCUGUCGGGACCGGAGCGUGCCCGCAACUCCCGCAAGCUGCGUCGCUCCCAGACCCACGCCGAGGGCGAGGGCUCCCAGUCGGAGGCGGAGGACUCCAGCCUGCAGCUGGACAGCCGCCAGCGGUUCCGCAGCGUGGAGAUGCUCUCCAACCGGGACAAGGAGCGCACCGCGCAGUACGGACCCUACCGCCGCACGGGCUACAUGGAGUACAGCCAGUCGGGCAGCCGGCGCUUCAGCAUCGAGGAGUCCCGCUUCCCGGCCGCCCACCUCAAGACCCAGAACUUGCAGAGCGCCGAGCAGAUUGGCAACUUCCAGAGCUACGAGAACAGUCCCUACACGAAGCGCAAGCCCAAGAUUGCCGAGAUUCCGCCCUUCAAGCGCGUCAAUAUGGCGGCCGAGAGCGUGGAGUUCCUCACGGAUCCCGAGUACGACGACGCCGUGGCCAGCAAGCCGGGCAGUCCGUUUGCCAAGAGGAAACCGAAGAAGUUACAGGCCCUCCCACCGCCGCCGCCCACCAUGAAGGUCAGCGCCCAGGUCUACACGCUGCAGCCGAGUCCGGUCCUGGAGCUGGAUCCCGCCAUCGAGGACUACUUCAGUGCCGCCAAAAAGCAGGCCUCCUCGUCCACCAUAGCCAGUGACUUCCAGGAGCUGCACGCCCCGGAGCUGCGGUCCCUGCCCGAUGAGAGCCGCUCGAGUGUGUCCCGCUCCCCGUCGGAGUCGGAGCACGACCUGGAACGGGCCAAGCGCCGGAAGCGGAAGAACUCGUCCAGCCGCCGGGUGAGCGGCAGCUUUACGGCGGCCAAUGCCGGCAAUGAUGGCUCCUCCUCCUCCUCCGCCAGCGACUCGGAGCAGCGUGCCCGGGUGCACAGGCCCAUGCGAGAGACCCUGUUCUAGGCGGAGCACCACACACCAACCAUUCCCCCUGUUAGUAAGCAUUUCCAUAAUAAUUAAUAUUUAAACGCACCACCAAAAAAACAAACAAAAUAC